AAUUAAAAUGUAAAAUAAACAUUGCAAUAAGAUCAACGGCUACGAUUGCUUUUCCCUACCUUGGAGAAAGACAAUUUUAAUUUUAAAUAUAAAAAACGCAUUUAUUCCGAUUCCUUCUCUUUUCUCUCUCUGGUCCUCCCUCUCUCUAGCCCGUCGUUUACUACUCUCUUCUCCUUCUUCCUGAGUCAUCUUCUUCAACUUCUCAUUCGGAUUCAAAUUUGGUUUUGGAAGAAUCCAUAUGAUUACUGAACAAGGUCUAAACGGGCUUUCGGGUACGAUCAAUCGGACCCGAUUACCCGACCAAUCCGCAUCGUCACUCCCGAAUCAUAGCUUCACUCCGGUACCACUAUUCGACGGCUUCAAUUACAAUCAUCUCUCCGAUCACAGAAACACCGUCGUGACGUCAGCUCCGGAUAAUUUCGUUUUCACUCGAGAAGAAGAUGAUCCGGCCGACGAUUUCGACUUCUCCGAUGCCGUAUUAGGGUACAUUAGCCAGAUGUUGAUGGAGGAAGACAUGGAGGAUAAAGCCUGUAUGCUACAGGAGUCUCUCGAUCUCGAAGCCGCAGAGAGAUCGCUCUACGAAGCUAUCGGUAAGAAGUAUCCUCCUUCUCCGGAACCAAAUUUAGCUUUCGUUGAUCGAAACACCGAGAAUCUUGACCACGUUGUCCCCGGGAACUACACCGGUCAUCGUGUUGGCUCAGGCGGGUUUAUCAAGCCUCUGAGUGGUUUCACCUUGGAUUUUCGGAAUCCUCAGAAUCGUUCCUCGGUUCUAAGUGUUCCGCAAUCUUCGUAUAGCGCAUCCAAUGGCUUAGUCACCAUCAAUGGAGAUGGAUUUGAGGAAUCGUCCAACACUUUGUACCCUUCUGGGGAUAAUCAAUCCGUUUGGCUGUUUAGGCGUGGGAUUGAAGAAGCUAGUAGGUUUCUUCCAGAGCAAAACGAGUUGAUUGUGAGUUUCAGAGAGGAGAACAGUAGGAGCAAAGGGCGGAAAAACCCUAACCGCGAUGAGAUUGGUGUGGAAGAAGAGAGAUGUAGCAAACUACCAGCAGUGUUCCCUGAAACCAUUUCGAGAUCAGAUGUGGUGGAUAAGAUCUUGGUUCAUAUCCCAGGAGGAGAGAGCAUGAUCGAGUUUGAUGCGUUGCGUGAAGUCCUGAAGAAAGGAGUGGAAAAGAAGAAAACUUCAGCGCCUCAAGAAGGGAAGAGGCGAGCUAGAGGAAGAGGACGAGGAAGAGGAGGAGGAGGAGGGCAAAGUGGGAAAAGAGAAGUUGUGGAUUUGAGAAGUCUUUUGAUACAUUGUGCUCAAGCUGUUGCAGCUGAUGACCGUAGGUGUGCUGGUCAGUUGCUGAAACAGAUUAGACAACAUUCCACGCCGUUUGGUGAUGGGAACCAGAGGUUGGCUCAUUGUUUUGCUAAUGGUCUCGAGGCACGUUUAGCCGGUACAGGAAGCCAGAUUUACAAAGGGAUUGUGAGUAAACCGAGAUCUGCUGCAGCCGUGCUCAAGGCUCACCAGCUUUACCUCACGUGUUGCCCUUUUAGGAAGCUCUCUUACUUUAUAACCAACAGGACGAUACGUGAACUUGUUGGGAAAUCUCAGCGAGUUCAUGUCAUUGAUUUUGGUAUCUUGUAUGGUUUCCAAUGGCCGACUCUUAUUCACCGGUUUUCGUUACAUGGUUCACCGAGGCUUAGGAUCACAGGGAUUGAGUUUCCGCAGCCAGGGUUUCGUCCGGCUCAGAGGGUUGAAGAAGCUGGUCAGAGGUUAGCAGCGUAUGCUAAGGAGUUUGGUGUGCCAUUUGAGUAUAAAGCAAUCGCUAAGAAGUGGGAUGCCAUUCAGCUUGAAGAUCUUGAUAUCGAUAAAGAUGAGAUUAUCGUUGUUAAUUGCCUGUAUAGAGCUGAGAACUUGCAUGACGAGUCGGUCAAAGUAGAAAGCUGUAGAGACGCUGUUCUCAAUCUGAUCGGGAAGAUCAAUCCUGAUCUUUUUGUAUUUGGCAUUGUGAAUGGUGCCUACAACGCACCGUUCUUCGUGACGAGGUUUCGUGAGGCUCUAUUUCAUUUCUCCUCGAUUUUCGACAUGCUUGAGACAAUUGUCCCACGGGAAGACGAAGAGAGGAUGUUUCUUGAGAUGGAGGUCUUUGGGAGAGAGGCACUGAAUGUGAUUGCCUGCGAAGGCUGGGAGAGAGUGGAGAGGCCUGAGACGUAUAAGCAGUGGCAUGUCAGAGCUAUGAGGUCAGGGUUGGUGCAAGUUUCAUUUGACCCGAGUAUUAUGAAGACAGCGCUGCAAAAGGUCAACACUUUCUACCACAAGGAUUUUGUGAUCGAUCAAGAUAACCGGUGGCUCUUGCAAGGCUGGAAGGGAAGAACCGUCAUGGCUCUUUCUGUUUGGAAAUCAGCUUCCAAGGCUUGAUUGCUAAUGAUAGCAUACGCGAGUCUGUAUCUCCUUUUUGUCUCUCCUGUUAUUUCCAGACACAGAAUUACAGAUGAAAGACGAGAGUGCUGCGUCCGAAGAAUUUCUUAAUAGAUGAUAAUAUGCCACGUUUUAUGAUUUUCUCAGCUAGGUUCUCCUAACGUUAUUUUUGUAGCUAGGGAUGAUCAGAGAGUUUGUAUAUUUUGCUAGCUGAGUUAACUUAUCUAGGUUGUAUAACACAUAUAUAGAGGAAGCAUAGAGGAAACUGUGGUUUUGAAAGGAGGUUUUUACUUCUCCAAUGUACACACGAGGACCAAUGCUACAUUGAAAUAAGAUGUUUUUACUCCUUUAUAUUUGCUAUACUACUACUUCUGGAAAACUCUUUAGCUUGGAAUCUGAGCUUCUAGUCAUUAGUUGUGGUCCCUCAUUGCUAUUUCUAGUUUUGAUGAUCUCU